AAUGACAGUUCCUCGCCCUUCGGCAUGUCAUGCGCGAUUAAUUCCCUGGCUCUCUCGAAAGCAGCUGGGGUGAAAUUUCUUCUGCAUCAUCCUUUUGGGGAUAAUUGUUUAUGAUGUGACGUCAGCCGGACUGAUUUUUCUGUCCUGAAUGAGAGAGAGAGUCACAGAUGUGUGCGGAGGCCACGGAUACUGACAUUUGGAAUUCCGUCAGGGCAAAAGGAGCUGGGAAUGGGAGCUUGAGUGUGCAGCCAAGACUUCAGGCUGCACGGAAUUAUUAUGAAAUUUUUCUUUAACAAAAAAAAAAAAAAAAGGAAGAGAGAGAGAGAAAGAAAGAAAGCCCCUCCGCAGCGAGCCACUUAGGUGCUCCUUUCAUGCCAGAGUCUCCUGUUAAGGUGUUAGCGCCUGAUAAUUAAUCUCGGGUACCCAGCCGCUGCAAACGGCUUCAGAAGACGAAGAGGAGGGGCGGGGGAAGUGCGUCACCAGCGGACAGAGCAGAUCUCUCGGCAGCGGCAGCGUUGUGAGGACUUAGCUGGGACCUGGAAUCGUAUCCUCCUGUAUUUUUUCAGACUCUUUGGAAAUUAAGGAAUGCAAUUCUGCCACCAUGAUGGAAGGAUUGAAAAAACGUACAAGGAAGGCCUUUGGAAUACGGAAGAAAGAAAAGGACACUGAUUCUACAGGUUCACCAGAUAGAGAUGGAAUUCAGGGGAAAAAAAAGACCCAGAAGACCCAGCUUCUCCUCACCUCUUGCUUCUGGCUCAGAGCCCUCUCGUUAACUCUGUCUCAGCAGCCCAGCCCACAUGAACCACCCUACAAUAACAAAGCAGAGUGCGCGCGUGAAGGAGGAAAAAAAGUUUCGAAGAAAAGCAAUGGGGCACCAAAUGGAUUUUAUGCAGAAAUUGAUUGGGAAAGAUACAACUCACCUGAGCUGGAUGAAGAAGGCUACAGCAUCAGACCUGAGGAACCCGGCUCUACCAAAGGAAAGCACUUUUAUUCUUCGAGCGAAUCGGAAGAGGAAGAAGAAUCACACAAGAAAUUUAACAUCAAGAUUAAGCCAUUGCAAUCUAAAGACAUUCUUAAGAACGCUGCAACGGUGGAUGAACUGAAGGCAUCAAUAGGCAACAUUGCACUUUCCCCAUCGCCAGUGGGUGCAAUUAAAAGGAACUUAUCCAGUGAAGAAGUGGCGAGACCCAGGCGUUCCACACCAACUCCAGAACUCAUAAGCAAAAAACCUCCAGAUGACACCACGGCGCUUGCCCCCCUCUUUGGCCCACCAUUAGAGUCAGCUUUCGAUGAACAGAAGACAGAAGUUCUUUUAGAUCAGCCUGAGAUAUGGGGUCCAGGCCAACCAAUUAAUCCAAGCACGGAGUCGCCAAAGUUAACAAGGCCUUUUCCCACUGGAACACCUCCACCACUGCCUCCAAAAAAUGUACCAGCCACCCCACCCCGAACAGGCUCCCCCUUAACAAUUGGCCCAGGAAAUGACCAGUCAGCCACAGAGGUCAAAAUUGAAAAACUACCAUCAAUCAAUGACUUGGACAGCAUUUUUGGGCCAGUGUUGUCCCCCAAGUCUGUUGCUGUUAAUACAGAAGAAAAGUGGGUCCAUUUUUCCGAUACGUCCCCGGAACGUGUCACUCCAGAGUUGACUCCAAGGGAAAAGGUGGUGUCUCCACCAGCUGCAUCAGACAACCCAGCUGACUCCCCAGCACCAGGCCCCCCGGGCCCUCCUGGCCCUCCGGGCCCCCCAGGACCCCCAGGUCCUCCUCGCAAUGUACCAUCGCCGCUCAAUUUAGAAGAAGUCCAGAAGAAAAUCGCUGAGCAGACCUUCAUUAAAGAUGAUUACUUAGAAACAAUCUCAUCUCCUAAAGAUUUUGGGUUGGGACAGAGAGCAACUCCGCCUCCCCCACCACCACCCACCUACAGGACUGUGGUUUCGUCCCCCGGACCCGGCUCGGGCAGUGGUACGGGGACCGCCAGUGGUGCAUCAUCCCCUGCUCGGCCAGCCACCCCCUUGGUUCCCUGCAGUAGCACCACCCCACCUCCGCCUCCUCCCCGGCCUCCGUCUCGGGCAAAGCUACCUCCAGGGAAGCCUGGAGUCGGCGAUGUGCCCCGACCUUUCAGCCCUCCCAUACAUUCUUCCAGCCCUCCUCCGAUAGCACCCCUUGCCCGGGCUGAAAGCACUUCUUCCAUAUCGUCCACUAAUUCCUUGAGUGCAGCCACUACUCCCACAGUUGUGUCAGAAGAUGAUGUUUUUUAUGACAAACUGCCCUCGUUUGAAAGGCGCUGUGAAACGCCUGCAGAGAAUGAACAGCCUUCCCUCGUUUGGUUUGACAGAGGAAAGUUUUAUUUGACUUUUGAAGGUUCUUCCCGGGGACCCAGCCCCCUAACCAUGGGAGCCCAGGACACCCUCCCUGUUGCAGCAGCAUUUACAGAAACGGUCAACGCCUACUUCAAAGGAGCAGAUCCAAGCAAGUGUAUCGUGAAGAUUACUGGAGAAAUGGUGUUGUCCUUUCCUGCCGGCAUCACCAGACACUUUGCCAACAACCCGUCGCCAGCUGCUCUGACUUUUCGGGUGAUAAAUUUCAGCAGGUUAGAACACGUCCUGCCAAAUCCCCAACUUCUCUGCUGCGAUAAUACCCAAAAUGAUGCCAACACCAAGGAAUUCUGGGUAAACAUGCCAAAUUUGAUGACUCACCUAAAGAAAGUAUCAGAACAAAAACCCCAGGCUACAUACUAUAAUGUGGACAUGCUCAAAUAUCAGGUAUCUGCCCAGGGCAUUCAGUCCACGCCGCUGAACCUGGCAGUGAACUGGCGAUGUGAGCCGGCAAGCACUGACCUGCGCAUAGAUUACAAAUACAACACAGAUGCAAUGACAACGGCUGUAGCCCUCAACAACGUGCAGUUCCUGGUCCCCAUAGACGGAGGGGUAACCAAGCUCCAGGCUGUGCUCCCACCGGCAGUCUGGAAUGCUGAACAACAAAGAAUAUUAUGGAAGAUUCCUGACAUUUCUCAGAAGUCAGAAAAUGGAGGGGUGGGUUCUUUAUUGGCAAGAUUUCAGUUAUCGGAAGGCCCAAGCAAACCUUCUCCAUUGGUGGUGCAAUUCACAAGUGAAGGAAGCACCCUUUCUGGCUGUGACAUUGAACUUGUUGGAGCAGGGUAUAGAUUUUCACUCAUCAAGAAAAGGUUUGCUGCAGGAAAAUACUUGGCAGAUAAUUAACAAAAUCUUAUGCAAGAAUCUGGAGGAUUCAUAUAAUGGAGAACUGUUGUAUGAGAAACAGAAUUUAAUUUUGGUUUGAUGAAAACAAACCAAAAUCUGCACUUGGGAUAUAUCUGCUGGAAAUGUCAAUGACUUUCAGCAAUGAUUUCCCUCACACGAUACCAUGAUGACCGGUCCUACAGUAUUUACUUCUAGGUGUAAUAUUGUUAAUGGUUUUAAAAUGUAAUUACUGUAUUUGUAAAUUGUACUCAUUCCAGUAAGGCAGUUAGAUACUUGAGUUUUAGCAUUUUACCAUUCCUGAAAUGGAUGUAAUUUAAACUGUGGUAUGUAAAUUUAAUAGUAGUACUGUCGAAUGGCACAAUGCUUACAGAGGUAGACUGCAUUUUGUCAAUAUAUAAAAUUUAAAUAUAAAUAUUGAUAGCUGUCAUAAAGGGGGUGCCACACACAAAGAAAAUUAAGUGGAACCAGGAAAAGAAGUUCCUUUUCUUCAGUCCUUAGUAUGUUUUACUCUAGUGCUAAAUAAAAAUUCUAUCUUCAAAUAUUUAGUGGGUUAAAUUCAGAAACUAUUUCAGAAAAAAAAUUCUAAGGUUACAGCAUAUUCAAAGAGAAGCAUUAAUUACCACUUUUUAAAAAGCUUUUUUUUCAAACUGCAAAUUUCAUAAAAAUGCGAACUGUGUAAACAGGGCCUCUUAUUUUUAUAACUUGUGUAAAAAGGGAAAGCAAUUCAUAUUUAAAGUUUAAGUAUAUGAAAUUAUAAUCAAGAGUAAAAAGAUGUUGAAGUCUUAACUACUCGAGUACCCCAUCUCUCCACAGUUUAGCUUAUGUGGAGAUUACUGAAUCAUCAGAUUAAAACCAAAAUUGUGAUUUUAAAAUUUCAAGACUUUCCAGAGUUGAACUGGAUAACAUUUGCACAAUAACUCUAAACAGAGGGUCCCUCCCAUCCAACAUGGAGAAUGAUACCUACCACCCAUCUGCCUCUUUACCCACAGGAAUCAAAAUACUGAGUCUCAAAAUCUCAAAAAAAAAAAAAAAAAAUUUAGUCCCCUAUUUAAAUCCAGAUGGAGAAUUUUAAUCAGCGUUAUUUAUAUCAUUGGGGAAGGAAAAAAAAAAAGCUUUGUUAAGUGAAAUUCUAACCACAGUAUUGUGCAAUAAAUUUCCUUUCAGAUAAGGUUCAUUGUCUGUAACUAUAAAUCUUUGCCAUUCUUGGGGAAUCAAAAAAAUAGUGGAUAAAAAUGUAUGUUAUGAUUUCAUUGUUGCAAGGUAUAAUAAAAACUGUGAUUAUUCA